AUGCCCAGUAUGGACUACCACCCACGUCAAAGCAUGGCUCCGCGCGGCUCGCAGAUGGGCAGCCAGCAGAAGAAGCCAAAGGAGCCCGAUGAGGAUGCAUUCAUGACGUUGCCCGACAAGGAGAUCGCAGGAUGUAUCAGCGACAUUGGAAUCAACUUCGCCAUCGACGACCUCCGCAAGCCAAACCCGCAGCAGAUCCAGAAAGUGUUCGAAUGGUUCGCCGAACUGCUCACCAACACGACGCGUGAGAUUGUCGCGCCGGCCAUGCGCGCAGCAGCAGAGGAUAUGUGUGGCGACGACGCAGACCGCAUCUUCACGGCAGACACGCGCGAGCUGAUGGGCUUCUACAUCACAAUGCGCAAGUUGCUGCUGGAGUGCGGCAUCAAGGACUUCAGCUUCAGCGAUCUGUACCGCCCGACGCAUCCUCGCCUCGUCAAGAUCUUCAGCUACAUCAUCAACUUCAUCCGGUUUCGCGAGUCGCAGACAAACGUCAUCGACAAGUACUACAACUCGAGCGAGCAGACCAAGAACACCAUCGAGCAGCUGUACCAUGAGAAUCAGGAGCGCGAGGAUCACCUGCGCGAGAUGGAGCAGAACCGCAAGAAUGUCGAACACGCGAUCAAGCAGAAGGAGCAGCGCAACCAAGAGCUCAAGACGCGAUUGCUGGAGCUGAAGAAGUCGCAAGAGCGUGUAACGGAGAAGCUCGAGCGGGUCAAGGGUGAACAGUCACGCCUGAAGACAAUGCUGGAAGACAAGACCACGCAAGUCAUCAACACCCGCUCCGAAGCCAACAAGCUCCGUCCAUACACCGAGCAGUCACCUCAAGCCCUCGAACAAUCCCUCCGCGACCUCUCCUCCAACCUCAAUCAGGACAAGACCAGCAUCGAGCACCUCGACCGCCGCUCUCGCGCGCUGCAAACCUCCCACGACACUUUCACCCUCCUCCUCACCGACCUCAACUCCCUCACCGCCCUCCUCUCCUCUUUACAGCAAGACCUUCAAAAGGAAGAAUCCGAAGCCCACACCUCACUGCGAAACCGCGAAGCUCUAACGGAGAAAGUCAACAACGUCCGUGAAGUGGAGCGCCAAGAAAAAAUGCUCCGGAAACAGCUGCAGCAAUGGCAAGACCGCACGGAGAAGCUGCGGAAGGACGCGGAGACUCGCGCGGGGAAUGCCAAAGUCAAGAUGGAGGGAUUGCGGGCUACGCAUAAGAGUCUUGCGCAGGAGAGGCGGGAGAGGGGCGAGGAGGUGGAGAAGAGGAGGGUGAGGAUCGAGCAGACGGAGAAGAAGAUGGCGGAUCUCAAGGAACAGAUUGAACAUGAGGUGCAGGGUGCGAGGGAGGAGUAUAUGAAAAUGGAGAGUCAUAUCAGGCUUUACAUUACGGAGAUGGAGGGCAGUAUUUGA